UGGGCGGCGGAACCGGCGGACGAGCCUGCGGGACCCUCCGCUGCGGCCGGCGCCCGCGGGGUCCCGCGCCCGUGGCCCGCGCUCCAGCCGAGCCCGCCGGCGCGCGCCCGUGCCCUUGUGAGGCUGGCAUGCAGGAUGGCAGGACAGCCCGGCCAGCUGCCUCCCGGGGGGAGCCCCAACAACUUCGGCCAUGGCCCGGGGCCCGCACACCCUCCUGACCCGCAGAGGCACCUGAGCGCCCCUUCCUUCCGCUGCUCGCUGGCUGACUUCCAGAUCGAGAAGAAGAUAGGCCGUGGGCAGUUCAGUGAGGUCUACAAGGCCACGUGCCUGCUGGACAGGAAGACCGUGGCGCUAAAGAAAGUGCAGAUAUUCGAGAUGAUGGAUGCCAAGGCCAGGCAGGACUGCGUGAAGGAGAUUGGUCUUCUCAAGCAACUGAACCACCCAAACAUUAUCAAGUACCUGGACUCGUUCAUUGAGGACAACGAGUUGAACAUCGUGCUGGAGCUGGCGGACGCAGGCGACCUCUCUCAGAUGAUCAAGUACUUCAAGAAGCAGAAGCGGCUCAUCCCCGAGAGGACGGUGUGGAAGUACUUCGUGCAGCUCUGCGGGGCUGUGGAGCACAUGCAUUCCCGCAGGGUCAUGCACCGAGACAUCAAGCCUGCCAACGUCUUCAUCACAGCCACGGGCAUCGUGAAGCUCGGGGACCUUGGACUGGGCCGCUUCUUCAGCUCUGAGACCACCGCUGCCCACUCCCUAGUGGGGACACCUUACUACAUGUCCCCGGAGAGAAUCCACGAGAAUGGCUACAACUUCAAGUCGGACAUCUGGUCUCUGGGCUGUCUGUUGUAUGAGAUGGCUGCCCUCCAGAGCCCCUUCUACGGUGACAAGAUGAACCUCUUCUCCCUGUGUCAAAAGAUCGAGCAGUGUGACUACCCACCACUGCCCGCCGAGCAUUACUCUGAGAAGCUGCGGGAACUUGUCGGGAUGUGCAUCCACCCGGACCCUGCGCAGAGGCCUGACAUCAGCUACGUGCACCAGGUGGCCCGGCAGAUGCACGGCAGGGCAGCAAGCACCUGAGCCCCGAACGCCUGUGCUGCCCUCCCUCCCUCCUCUCUUGGACCCCGGGAGCCCAGACAACUCAGACACGAGGGUGCA